AUGGGGGCAGCCUUAUCCAUGCAGAAGUUCCUGGCCACGCCGCUAGCGGCGCAAUGGAAGUUCCCGUUCGUGGUGAACCCGCGCUUUUGCCGCCGUCGCGUCACAACACUCGAGCUCACAGACAAUUUCUGGACGCACACCAUCGACAUCAACGGCUACGCAGUGCGCGAAGCCGAGUCCGGUCGCGUUCUGUUCCGUGUGAUGCCUACAAUUGAGGGCGAACUUUCAGAUGGCCGCACGAAGUGGCUGCUGGACGAGUACGGUAUCCCGGUGGCCCAUUUGACGCACAGAGACCACCCCACAGCAGCGACCUACGACGUUUGCUUGGGCAAGCGGCGGUCGCCUCAGCCGAAGGUGCUGACGACGUUUAAAGUCAAGUUUGUACCCGGAAGAGGAGAGCCGUUGCUUGCUGAAGUGGAUGACCCACACACAGGAGGCAAAAGUCGGAUCGGAUGUCACGGAAUGUGGCGACAACGAGCUGCCGUGUUGUAUCUGGAGCGAGGACGCGGAGGUCGACGGGCACCUAUCGCCAAGGUCUAUCGCCCAGCUAGCAACAGGAUGACAAACUUCGGAGGCAAUUCUUACCACGUGGAGACAGCAAUUGGCGUCGAUAUGGCGCUGGUUAUCAUGGUCUGUGCAGCUAUGGACGACGCCAGUGUGCAUUUCCACAAAGCGCACCGACUUCCAAUAGUUGGCACGUCAGGAAUUCAAUGA